AUGAAUCAUACGAACAUGAAUAUUACUGAUGAUAAUAAGUCAAGUAGCAAUGAACAGAAAUCAUCUUUUUUACGAGAUGAUUCAAAUCAAAUACUUGAUAUCAUAAAAAAAUUUCACGAAGACAGUGAUGAUAAUCAAAAUAAUGAAACUGAAAAGAAAUCUUUAAAAGUUAAUAAUCAAAAUAGAUUGCAGGACACAAAAUCAGUUCAAUUAUUAUCACAAAAUGAACAAUAUGUUAAACGAGAGAAUAUGAUUGACAAGUCUAAAACAAACGUUAUUGAUGAAACAUUACUACAUGAUAAUUUACUUGUUCAUGUUUUAAUUAAUAUUGAUCCAGAAAUACGGCCGAGUUCUCAUCAACGACGAAAAUGUUCUAUUGUAGUUUCUGCGUUUAUUUUCCUACCAUUAACUAUUAUCAUUGCAACUAUCGUAUAUAUUAUCAUUGUCAUAGUAAAAAAUGUAUCACAAUUCGAUUCAUUAUCAUUUUAUAAGCAUCCACGUUUAUGA